UCUAAAGGUAAGAAACUUUUCUAACCGAGACUUUUCAUUUUGGGUAUGAUUUUUGAUUUCUAUUCAAAAUUAUUAUUUGGUCUCUGAGAAAUUCCUGAACAGAACCCAUAAUUUCUCUGUGUUUUUCUGUUUUGCCAUGUUAUUACCCAUAAUCUUUAAGAGGGCUUCCAAAUUAUCUAAUAUGAUAGCUCAAGUCAAGUGUUUUCUUGUUGUGUCUCCUGUGGUCUCUGAAAAAUCCAAUCCUUCUAAUAAUCCUUUUUCCAUUUUGGUUAAGAAUCGAUGCUUUUGCAGUAAUAGGCUAACCCACAAUCUCAAAUUCUACUGUUCUGGUUCAACUCAGUCACAUAGUUCUUUUUCUGGUAGUCCUGUCUCUCGUACUGCUAAAACUGAGGCUCAAGCUGUGCUAUGUGAGUAUUUACAUUAUACUAGGAGUUUAAGCAUCACAGAUGCUGAGCAUAUUAGUAAGAAUUCACCUCAUUUCCUUCAUGAUUUGCUCUCUAAGAUUGAUACUGAUAAAGAUGUUACAAGAUCCUUGAAUAAAUACCUCAGGUAUAAUCCAAUCAACGAAUUUGAGCCAUUCUUUGAGAGUUUAGGUUUGUGCCCAUCUGAGUUUUCUCCCUUGCUUCCGCGACACUUGAUGUUUUUGAGUGAUGAUCAUGUCUUGCUGGAGAAUUUCCAUGUUUUAUGCAAUUAUGGGAUCCCUCGGAGUAAGAUUGGCAAGAUGUACAAGGAGGCAAGAGAGAUUUUCAUGUAUGAAUAUGGUUUGUUGGAUUCGAAACUUCUGGCCUAUGAAAAUCUGGGUUUAAGUAAAAGCACAGUUGUUAAGCUUGUUAGUUGUUGCCCAUCUCUUCUGAUUGGUGGAGUUGACAGUGAUUUCGUUAAUGUCCUUGAGAAAUUAAUUAGGCUAGGGGUAGGUAAUGAUCACAUUAGGGGGUAUUUUUCUUGCAGUGAUUCUUGUAAUUGGAAAAGGAUUCUUGACACAAUGGAUUUUCUUGAUAAAGUGGGUUAUAGAGAGGAGCAGUUGUGUAACUUGUUUAAAACAAAUCCUCACUUAGUACUUCAUGGUUCAGGGAAAAAGGUUUAUGUAUUGUUUGGCCGGUUGCUCAAAUUGGGUCUAGAUAUGAAUGAGCUUUAUUCGUUGUUUGUACAAAACCCGCAAAUACUGUCAGCUAAGUGUGAAAAGAAUCUUUUGCGGACAUUGGAUAUUUUGCUCUACUUUGGAAUGGGAGCAGAAGAAAUUGCAAACCUUGUAUCUAAUCAUAUGGAACUUUUGUGUUCUUGUUCUUUGAAAGGGCCUAAAACUAUAUGCAAGGACUUAAAUAUUAAGAAAGAUAGUUUAAGCGAAAUUAUAAGACAUGACCCAAUUAAGUUCUUCAGCUUAGCUUCUAAGUCAGUUAGAAGCAGCGAGCAGAUAGUAUCAGAGGAUCAUGGUAAAAAGAUGGACAAAACAGCUUUCUUGUUGAGUUUAGGGUAUGUUGAGAACUCAGAUGAGAUGACAAGAGCUCUAAAAAGGUUCCGAGGUAGAGGGGAUCAAUUACAAGAGAGGUUUGAUUGCCUGGUAAAAGCUGGUUUGGAUUGCAAUUCUGUCUCAAGCUUGAUAAAACAAGCCCCAAUGGUGCUCAACCAGAGCAAAGAUGUAAUUGAAAAGAAAAUUGACUACCUUGCAAAUUGCUUAGGCUAUCCGCUUGCAGCAGUAGUGGCAUUCCCAGCAUUUUUGUGCUAUGAUAUCGAAAGGAUUAAUCAUAGAUUUAGAAUGUACGUGUGGCUGCGAGACAGAGGUGCAGCAAAACGGAUGUUAUCGUUGAGCACUAUCCUUGCAUGUUCAGAUGCAAGAUUUGUAAAAUAUUUUGUGGAUGUCCAUCCUGAAGGUCCUGCUAUGUGGGAAAGUAUAAGGAAUGCUUCAUCUCCAAGCUAAAUCCUAAUUGUCCUUAAUUUGUGUACAUAUGAUUGUAUUCUUGUUGCAAAAUUGACGCCAUCGCAUUACCAUAAAUUUUAUAAGCCAAGUAUUUUCGUUUGUUCUGUGUACUUUGUAUUGAACUCUUUUAAUGAACUGCUGACCCCCUCCACAUAUUUUAAACCAAA